AUAGCCAUUAACGCAAAAUAAAUUAGACAGCUUUGGCGGCCUCUUUUUCUUCUCCUGUUAAUAAUUAUACUUAGCAUUAUGUAAAGGUUCAUUAUAAUUCUACGGAGUUUUGGGUGCUCGAAGAAACCGCCGCUUUGACAGCUUGACGACAAAGAUCCCCUUUCCUUUUCUUGUCUUCCUCAUUCCUCAUUUACGUGCAUGUAAGGGAAAUUCGUUGCUUUCGAGGCAAGGAUGAGGCCUGGAUUUCCUGAAUUCCUUUCUUCUGCCCACCCUUAUUUCGCUUCGUCUGAGUCGGGAAAGAAAAGAAACACAAGGCCAGCUUCCCUUUUCCAUUUCCCAAAAGGAAAGCUCGCCUUCGCUGUUAAGAUUCUUAUAAAUCGUUUUAUCCAUUUCGCCUAGAACCCAUUAUCGAGUUUGAGAUCAGUCAAUCAAUCAAUCGUGGCGAUGUCGUUUCCAAUCCCAUUCCAUAAAUCCGCAUUGUCGCUGUUGCUGCUGCUCCUCGUCGUUCUCUUCUCCUCUUCCUCCACCAGCGGAUCACAGCAGCAAUUAUCCGCCACUCGAUUGCGUUCCGAGGCCGAUCCAUGCGACAGUACCCCCCAACCCAGUUCAUGUCCUAUCAACUGCUUCAGGGCUGACCCCGUUUGCGGGGACGAUGGAGUUACCUAUUGGUGCGGCUGUGCCGAUGCUCAUUGCGCGGGGGCUAAAGUUGUCAAAAUUGGAUUUUGCGAGGUUGGUAAUAGUGGUGGAAACGGAUCUUUCCCUGGUCAGGCUCUGCUAUUGGUGCAUAUACUUUGGCUCAUUGUUCUGGGCUUCUCUGUUUUGUUCGGCCUCAUCUGAUUUUCCCUUUUUUUCUUUAACAAGAACAAAGAGAGCUCUUUUUAAAUCGUCAGUUUUUUUUUGAAAGUUACGGAUGACAAGUGUAUACGUGAGCAUUUAUGUAAGUAAAGCAUUAGAUUUUUCAUUUCCUGUCCAUCAUUGUUACUCUGUUCAUCUCUUAAUAGUUCAGUUCAACCUUGUUUCAUGUCUAGUUGUUUAAGAACUAAGAUUUUUGCUAAUUCCUCUUUGUUUUAUAA